GUCUAAUGUCACAACAUUUGCUCCAUAUAACCUUAAAACUGAGCAAACAAUAUUACGAAAAUCAGCAAAUAUUUAAGGGAAAUUCCUGAAAAUGUCGGCCAAAAACAUGUUUCUGAAACCUGGCUUCGUCCGGGCUCCAUUGCAGAACGGUGUGGGACGCUAUGUGUGUCAAUUACAAAGAAUUGUGUUAAAAUUCUGUAAAUCCCAUGGAUCGAGCCGAGGACUAAGAGAUUACAUAGAACAAGAUCUAGUGGAUUUUGCUAAAGAGAAUCCCGGAGUAGUUGUGUACUUGAAGCCUCGCAGACAUCGUGGACCCGUCGUUGUUGCGGAAUAUUUAAACGGAGACAGAGUAUGGAUGAACAUGCACAAUAAAACUCACUCAGAAAUCAUCAAAUGGAUUGAUGUACUCCGGACUCAACAAGGAGACAAUUCGUCCACGAGGCUCAGGAAAUACCAGUAUACUGAUCAUCCUUCCAUCCAAGGCCCUUGGACUCCGUUCACCUUCAAGAAUCCAGCGCUCAAUACUGCCCAGUUACCUAGUCAGACUUUCGGUGCCAAUGAUAGAUUACCCAUGACAGCGACUGAACAACUUAGGUUGAUGUUCGAAGCACAGAAAUUGGGUAAAAAUGAAGAAUUGAAAACGGCAGAGUGAUUGUAUUUUUAUA